CUAGAAGCAAUUAGGGUCACUGCCCUUCUCUCUCUCUCCCUCCUUCUAUCUCAAGUAAUAAUAGUCAAAAGGCUAUAAAACCACAUCUCAAGUGCGCUCAAGGCCGGACUUGAUGCAACACAAAAAACAAGGUCUCCAUUUCUACCAUCACAUCCUCUAAAAUAUUCCUUUAAACAAGGAAGGAAGAAGAAGAAGAAGAAGAAGAAGCCCCAGACGAACUGUGCUAGUUUCUACUUGUAAUUCCACUCAAUGGGAAGGUCUCCUUGUUGUGAGAAAGCUCAUACAAACAAAGGUGCAUGGACCAAAGAAGAAGAUGAUCGACUUAUUGCUUACAUCCGGGCCCAUGGGGAAGGCUGCUGGCGCUCCCUCCCAAAGGCUGCAGGCCUGCUUCGAUGCGGCAAAAGCUGUCGUCUCCGGUGGAUCAACUACCUGAGACCAGACCUUAAACGUGGAAAUUUCACUGAAGAAGAAGAUGAGUUCAUUAUCAAGCUGCAUAGCCUCCUUGGUAACAAAUGGUCUCUUAUAGCUGGGAGACUACCAGGAAGAACAGAUAAUGAGAUAAAGAAUUACUGGAACACGCAUAUAAAAAGAAAACUACUGAACAGAGGUAUUGAUCCUGCAACUCACAGACCCCUCAAUGAGGCUGCCGCUCAGGAAGUUGCAACAAUUUCUUUCAGUGGUGCUAAAGAAGAGAUGGAGAAGAACUCUAACCUCCUUCUCUGCAAAGAUGAGAAGACCCCAACUCAAGAAAGGUGUCCUGACUUGAACCUGGAUCUCAGGAUUAGCCCUCCUUACCAACCUCAGCCUGAGUUACUGAAAACAGGAGGCAGAACUCUCUGUUUUGUCUGCAGUUUGGGUCUGCAAAACAGCAAAGAAUGCAGUUGCAGCAUGGGAAGUCCAGGCAGUAGCAGUGGCACCGCUACAGGGUAUGAUUUCUUAGGCUUGAGAACUGGUGUGUUGAAUUAUAGAGGCUUGGAAAUGAAAUAAGAGGGAAUUGGGUUAAUUUCUUUUUCUUUUUUUUUUUAAUUACCAUAUGUAGCUGAGAACAGAAUGGAGGGAAAUGAGAGAGAUUGUUAUUAGUCUGAAAUCUCUGUUAAUUUUCUCUAAUUAAUCCCUGCUCUGUACGAAUUAUUAUAUGACAUGGUGAUAUAUACUUCUAUUAGUAGUAUAGAUGAUUAUUACAUGCGAAUGUUUUGAAUUACUUGAAAAUUAUGUGACAAUAUAAAACUUCAAUUGAGUCUGGAGGAUCAUUCGCCAGUAACCAUCACAAGAGCUACAAGAUCAACGCAAGCAUGGCUAAUUGCUAAAAAGCAAGAAGAUUACAAAUUGUUGAAAAAUGACAAACAUUACAUAUGUAUAUAUAUUAUUGUAAUGUAAAACACUACCAACCCUAUGAUAAGCAAUUCUAGAAACAAUGUUAGGUGAGAAUACUCAUGUUUAAUAAAUCAUUGAACAAAAC